AGAACUGACGUAUGGUUUAAAACAGUGGAACAAGGUUGACUCUAUAGAUGCAACUCAUCCUCUAUGUCUCUCUCUCUCUCUCUCUCUCUCUCUCUCUCUCUCUGUCAGCUCCCAGCACAUCUUCAUCUCUACCCGAUCACCCCUCAUCCUCCUCAUCGCUCACUACCAUCUGCAUCUCCGAUUCAGAUUAAGAAAACGAACCAGCCACCCCCAGCACCCCUCAGACUCCACACACACGUCCAAACCUACAGGACAGUCCUGAUGUGGCAGAAACACACAUGGAUGAAUCUCAAGAAACGCAACGAAAGAAUAAGUUCAGCUCACAAACUCUCUCCAGCGGUGAUCCAGGACGGCCUCCCGCUCCACUGUAACGUCAUUCCCUCAGAUAUCAGACUGCAGAACUGGGAGGAACGGCCACCUGAAUUCAAUCAUAGCGAGAACAGGAGACAGGUUGUGCGAUUCGUGCGCGAGUGGAUCUCUCUGACUGUGAUGAGGCAGAGGAUGCUGAGGAAGAGUGGAAGAGUGUUUCACAGCCCCGUCCUGCUGCUAGAGGAGCUCACUCAAUCCCAGCGCCGGCACAGCAGCCCCUCCAGGCAAGAAACACACACACACACACACACCAUUAAAGCUGGAGAGCACUGGGACGUGUGGGCGGAUCUGAAUCUCAUAGACUCAGAUGUGGGUGUCAAUCAAAUUAAGUGUGGUUUUGUUUGUCUGUUUUCCCACCCACACUGAAAAUGUUAAACUUAAAAGUCAUGGGACCUUUAUUUUAUUUUAAUUAGAUAUUUUAUGUAGUUUAACUUUUAAUUAGAUAUACAUUUUA